AUGGCGUCCAAUGAACCACCACGGUUCGACGAUUCGGAAGAUGAAGAAGACUUCAACCCUGCUCCCGCUGACCUGUCGGAUGAAGAACCCGCAAACGAUCACAAUGGAUCCCCGCGUAAGCUACACGCGAACGAUAGCGGUGACGAAGAUGACGACAAGGUAACACGCGAUAGUCGAAACAGCGGUGAGGAGGAUACGGACCAGAAUGAUGAAGACGGUGAAGACCGGGACCAAGAUGAGGAUGAAGAUGAUGACGACGACGACGACGAAGACAUCCAGCAGGGUCAUCGGAGAAAACGUCGCCGAGAUCGACGCAACGCCUUCUUCGAUAUUGAGGCCGAGGUUGAUGACGAAGAUGAGGGAGAAGACGGAGAGAAGGACGGCGAGGAAAUUGAAGACUUUAUCGAUAAUGAACACCCUGACGACAUUGCUGAGAGCGCCCGACUGGACGACGACCGAAGGCAUCGCGAGCUGGAUCGACGCCGUGAAAUGGAAGCUAGCUUGGAUGCCGAAAAGCAAGCAGAAAUACUUCGCCAACGAUAUGGAAAUAGACGUCCAGCCAAGGGCUUCGGAGAUUCUGCUGUUGUACCCAAGCGUCUCCUGCUUCCCAGCGUUGACGACCCCAGCAUCUGGGCCGUAAGAUGUAAAGAAGGCAAGGAGCGCGAAGUUAUUUUAUCCAUCAUGAAGCGCAUUGAAGAGCGAAUUGGGACAAAGGAUGAACUGGCCAUCACCGCUGCUUUCGAAAGAGGCGGCACCCAGUCCGUCAUGAAAGGCUUCAUCUAUGUCGAAGCACAACGCCAGACUGACAUUCUUGUCGCCUUGGAUGGCAUGUUGAACGUCUAUCCUCGCUCGAAAAUGACACUUGUGGACAUCAAGGAUAUGCCAGAACUUUUGCGAGUCACGAAAACACCAACACUAGAACCCGGCGCAUGGGUGCGACUACGUCGUCCAGCGAAGCAUGGUGGAGACCUGGCUCAAGUCCUCGAUGUUACGGAGAAUGGGUUAGAGGCAAGGGUGCGUUUUAUCCCUCGAUUGGACUAUGGCAUGCGGGAUGAAGCUCUGUCUAGUCUAUCGUCAGAUGGCAAGCGGAAAAGACCAGGUGCUGCUGGUCCUCGGCCGCCGCAAAGGCUAUUCAGUGAGAUUGAGGCUCGCAAGCGACAUCCACGCUACAUUCAGGGCAACCCCUCGACGAAUACUUGGUCUUAUAUGGGCGACGAAUUCGAGAAUGGCUUCCAGGUAAAAGACGUCAAGAUUCAGCAGCUGGUUGUGACAGACGUGAACCCAUCUUUGGAGGAGGUGACGAAAUUUGCUUCCGGUGCUGAGGACGGUACGGAGAAUCUGGAUCUCAAAGCACUUGCUGCUAGCUUGAAGGACAGCAAUACGCUAGUGACCUACCUCCCUGGUGACAUUAUCGAGGUGUACUCCGGUGAGCAAAAGGGUGUAGUAGGUAAGGCUACAAAUGUUCAGGGAGACAUCGUCACCAUGUCUGUUACGGAAGGUGACCUGGAGGGGCAAACAAUCGAAGUACCGACCAAGGGCUUACGCAAGCGGUUCAAGAUUGGUGACCAUGUCAAGGUCAUUGGUGGUAGUAAAUUCCGUGAUGAGGUAGGAACUGUCGUUAAGAUAUCGGAGGAUCGUGUCACCCUCCUAACAGAUCAAACGAAUACCGAAGUGACAGUCUUCAGUAAGGAUCUACGGGAAGCAAGCGAUAUUGGUGGUCAAGGAUCGCUUGGUCAGUUUUCGCUUCAUGAUUUGGUGCAAUUAGAUCCAACGACUGUUGGCUGCAUCGUCAAAAUCGACAGAGAAUCACUUGUUGUGUUGGACCAAUAUGGCGAUACAAGACAGGUUAUGCCAUCUCAGAUCUCCAACAAACUGCCUAAACGAAAGCAGGCUGUCGCCGCCGAUCGGGAGGGCUCAGAGAUCCGACUCGAUGAUGUUGUUAAGGAAUUUACGGGGCAACAUAGGCAGGGCAAGAUCAUUCAUAUUCACCGGUCUUACGUCUUCUUGCACACAAACGACAGCAACGAGAACGCCGGUGUCUUUGUAACCAAAUCUAGUAUGGUUAAUACCGUUGCUGCAAAGGGUGGGCGCGUCAACGCGGCAGCAUCUGGUCCAGAUCUAAGCACCAUGAAUCCGGCAUUAAAGAUACACAAGAAUGGUGGCGACAAUAAGGCCUCUCAAUCAGUUAAGAUGUUCGGCCGGGAUCGCGCCAUCAAUCAGACUGCCAUCAUAAAGAAAGGACCUUAUAAAGGCCUUCUUGGUAUUGUCAAAGAUACCACCGAUACUCACGCUCGUGUGGAGCUGCACACCAAGGGUAAGACGAUCACGGUGUCGCGUGAUUCGCUAAGCUUCAAAGACAAAACAACAGGUGCUACUAUUGAUAUCAAUGGUAGAGGGCGUGGUGCUCCUGGCAGUGGUUUUGCACGCAGCAGUGGUGACAAAAUGCCUGGCUGGCAGGGAGGUUCGCGCACUCCAAUUGGUACAGGCAGUUCCGAUCGUGUCCCAGCUUGGGGCUCACGCACGUGGCGAGAAGCACCAGUUGCUGGCGGACGGACCCCAGCUUGGAAGGCUCAAGAUUAUUCUGGCUCACGGACUCCGGCUUGGGCUGAUGGCUCACGAACUGUGAACCCUUACGAUGGCAGUCGUACGGCAUACGGCUCGGGAUCACGUACACCGGCUUGGCAGUCUGGAGCACGUACCCCUGCUAUUGGCGACGCUUUUGGGGCCGGUUCACGAACACCAGCUUACAUUGGAGGUAGCGCCGAUAGUUGGGCAUCGGGAUCGAAGACACCGGCAUGGGGAGCUUCAGCACCUACUCCAGGUGCCAGUGGAAAUGACUCGUGGGGUUAUACUCCUGGAGCAGCAACUACGGGCGCAUAUGAUGCCCCAACCCCUGCCAUUGGUGCCCCUACGCCCGGCGCAAUGAAUGCUCCAACUCCUGGUGCAUAUUCCGCUCCAACUCCAGCGGCUAGCGCGCCAACUCCUGGUGGUGGAUGGCAAGGCGGCUGGGGAACAGAGUCGGCCCCGACUCCUGCCGCCGCUGCCCCGACUCCUGGCGCAAGUGGCUACUACGGCGCUCCGACUCCGGCUGCAUACGGCGGUGCUCCUGAAACUCCAGCGGCCAGCGGGCCAAGGUACACGGAUGACGAUUGA